AUUUUCUGUUCUCAAUGAAUAGCUAGCUAGUUGUUUAUAUCUUUAUAUCUUUGAAAGAGCAGCAGUAAUAUAAAAAUAUUUUGAUAUUACUAGAUGUUGUUUUAUUUAAUAUUUAUAUGUUUUAUUACCUUUUAUUGAAAAUAAUGUGUCUUGUCUUUGGCAGCAUACUGUCUGUUGUCUGGUUAUCAUUGUCUUUGCCAUUAGACGGGUCUGAUCAAUGAAAUAACGCUUUUAGUGUGGGAUAUGGUUAGUUUACUACACUAGUUCUACGGGGAUUGCUUUUCUGAGCACAUGCGACUAGACGGUACAUCCCUGACGCAAAAAGAAGGGCACCAUCACAACAAUAAAGUAAAUGAUAAUAUCUACAAUAACAAUGGAAGAAUAUAACUAUUCACCUUUGACAAUUCCCACAGAUUACCUUCAACAUUGGUACCAGUCUGCCCAGCAUGUGCAGGCUCUCCAGGCAACCCAGUACCAGCAGAUGGGUAAUGCGGGUUAUUUCAUGGAGAACUCCACAGAGGACAAGGUGAUGACAGAGCUGGCUGUUCACCAGGAACCACCCACCCACCAAGAUCUCUCUGUGCACUGUGAGCCUGCAGUCUGCCCGGAUCCUCCUGUACCUGCCACAGUGCAAAGAAAGCGGGGAAGACCGUCCAAUAAAAUGGCCAAGUCCGCCGAAAACCAGCAGGAGAAGAUUGACGAGAGCUUCAAGAAGGUCAAGAGGAAAGUUGACCGCUUCAAUGGCAUGUCGGUGGAGGAAGUCAUGGCCAAAACGCUUCCUGAUGUCCUUGCCUACAACCUUGACAUCUUAAUUGUUGGAAUCAAUCCAGGCCUUAUGUCGGCUUACGUGGGACAUCAUUACCCAAAUCCAGGAAAUCAUUUCUGGAAGUGCCUCUUUAUGUCAGGGCUCACUGAUGCUCAGUUUAAUUACAUGCAUGACCAGACUCUGCCUGAAAAGUAUGGGAUAGGAUUUACAAAUAUGGUGGAGAGAACAACACCAGGAAGCAAAGAUCUUUUAAGCAAGGAAUUUCGAGAAGGAGGCAGACUUUUGGUGGAGAAGCUGCAGAAGUACAAACCUCUAAUAGCGGCCUUCAAUGGGAAAUGUAUUUAUGAAAUAUUCAGCAAGGAGAUUUUUGGCAUCAAACCCAAGAAUCUCGACUUCGGCCUGCAGCCACACAAAGUUCCUGGAACAGAGACGGUUUGCUAUCUGAUGCCAUCUUCGAGUGCCCGUUGUGCCCAAUUCCCCCGUGCACAGGACAAGGUGCACUUCUACAUCAAGCUGAAGGAGCUCCGAGACCAGAUCAGGGGCCUGACCCGGAAGGAGGAGGUGCAGGAGACGCAGUACACAUUCAAUCUGAAUAUGGCCAAAGAGGAUGCCAAGAAAAUGGCAAUCAAGGAGGAGCAGUAUGACCCUGGAUAUGAUGCUGUCAAUGCAGCAUUUGGAGAGGAGGAACCAGAGUUUGGGCCAAGCUAUGCUCUUGGUGGUUCUAACACAGCUGUCACCGCAAGCCACUACCAAGAACCUGCGAGUAAUGAGGUUCCAGCUGUCCUGGGCCACAAUGUCGGCGGUCAGUGGGACAUGGUGCCAUUUCCACGUCGCCUGUAAGGACGGUCACCAGUCGGUGUCUUUCAGGACACACCACUAGUUUGUGACAGAAAAGGGGGGGUCACUCAUAUUGUAGUCCACUUGAUUAGUUGUUGAAAGUGGCUUUUCUCCUUUGACAACCUGCUGUGUACCUCAACAUGCAAACCUAUGAAUCAAACGCACAAUAAUGAACUCUUACAUCUGGACUCUGAAUAGUUAUGAAUACUGAGUACUGUUACCAUACUUUUUUUCAUAAUAUUUAUUUAUAGGUGCUGGACAAUUUGUGUGUGCAUUUUCUUUUUAAUGUAAUGUUAAUGCAUUUUAUACAUUCUUUUGUAUGCCAUUUUAAAAUAAUGAAAACUUUUGCAGGAAGUGCAAUUUUCACAUUACAUUUUUACACAUUGAAAAAUAAUUGAGCCUACUGUCUUUCACAGUUGCUAUAAAUCAGGGAUUUAUAACAUGAACCAACAGUAACAUCAGCUGUCCAUCAGUAGUUAAUUGAAGUAGUCUUUGGUCUGUGUGGUAGUGCAGGCUGUAAUGUUUGCCAGUGUUUAAAACGAAUGCUUUAGCCAGAAAGCAUCCUGCAUGUUUUCCGUUGGUCUUUCAUGGAUGAUAUGGAACUGAGACAUUAUGGGAUGUCUGACAACAGGCUGGGGAAUUCUCUGACCACUGUGACUUGGGUAGCAGUGUGGGGUGUGAUGAUUGUAAGUUUUAAUGUGUAAGGUUUAAUGUGUUAAAAGCAACUUGAUACAAAUAGUAAAAUUGUAUGGUAUUUUCCUUAUUGUCAUCUUCAUAACGGCUCUCGUUGUGGGCCGUCAAGGCGUCAUUAUUUUUCACGUUCUCAAAUAGCAAAAAAAAAAAAAUCUAUAGCGUAGCUUCUGUAAAUGAAUCAUUUUAAAUGUAGCAAAAGGUUCAUGGUACCUUGAGGUGGAUUUUGAAUUAGAAUAUGACCAAAACAAGGUGGUAUCUGACACACCGUAAUGCAUUUCCUGUCUUUUUCAGUUUUAGUUUUAGUUUUUAAAAAAGCUGCUUGCAUAUUCAGAGGAUCAGAAUAGUAACGUUUAAAGGUACAGUGUCCCAUAGUACAGAAUCAGAGAUGCAGUUUCAGAAAACAAAGCAGUGUUUCUUUCUUUUUAAGACUACACCCUCAUGUCUGUUAAUUUGAAUGAAGCAUGUGGUAUGCAGUUAGUCUUCUUAGCUGUUUCUGGUUGAACACUAUGUUUGCUAGUGUAGAAAAUGCACCCUCACUGGCACAGCCUGUUCCAACACAGCAAACCAUGUGGCUCAAUACAGGCAGGGCCAAGAUGUUCAUGCGUUAGUGUUUAAACAGUGGGUUUUGAGGAAAAAUCACGCUGGGCUAGUUAUAGAGGUCAGAGGAGAACGGCCACACUCAUGGAUGCAAAGAGGAAAGGCAGACAUGCUUAGAUUACAGCUCAGGACUACAGUGAUGUGUAGAAGAGAUCUGUGAAUGCUCCGUUUAUCAAAUCGUGGAGUGGUUCUGGAGACAUAAGGGUCCUACAUAGAUCAGGGUUCCCCAGUUCCGGUCCUGGAGGGUCAGUUGGCCGAUUUCCCUGUUCAAAUACGCCUUAUUCAGCUUAACAGUUAAUUGCCAGGUUUAGUGGGUGUGUUUGAGCAGGGAAAUCUGUGAACUGUGUGUCAGACUGGCCCUGACAUAGUGGGACCUAAUGGAGUUCCACAGGCUGUAGAUAGUCUUUGAUCGCUUUAUGUAAAAAUUACACCUUAUGUCAUUAAAUAUACAGUUUAAGUAUCAGUGCAAAUAAAAUAUUAAAGAAAACAAAUGUUAA